AUGGCAAGGAAGGCUAUGAAAGGGACAAGGGAAAUUGCGGAGUAUUCACGAAAUACGUCCCUAUCAAAGGAAUUUACUCAGAAUAAUUCAGCGUAUUGCCUAAUGCAGGGGGCUGUACCACUACCCCCGCCCUGGAUGACAAAGAGCCUUGGCGUCAUGAGCGCCCGAGGUCGAGCCGCUCUCCUCUGCCGCACAUACAACUCCGGCCUAGACCAAGGGCGGCAGCUGAGCCGACAGCGCGUGCCGCACCCCGACGGCGGGCUCUGGCACUGGACUCACCUCAAUCUGGGCAUGGACCUGUGUCUCUACGGCCGCCACUACAUCAUCUGCGACUGCGAUGCCUUUACUAAGGACUUCCUGCUGAGCGAGGGAACAGAGUUGGAGAAGCCCCUCCCAAUCCCCGUUGAUCCGUACGACGUCCUGAGGAAGUCGCGGGCAGAAUCCCCUUCCCGCUGGUCCGACCUGCGCCCUCAUUCGGCCCCUCUGGCGCCCUCGGGGUUGAGGGGCCUCGUUCUCAAGUUCGAUGCCAUGGUCGAGGAGUCCGAGGGAGGGCGCCCCGCUGCCAGCCCCGCCGUGCUGCUGUACCGACCGGAGGACCAGACGGUGGAGCUGCGCCGCCCGUCGUAUCUCGACCACACUGAGAUCAAGAAGUUCAGCCCCGUCAUCCUCAGAGCCGUCAGAGUGCCUAAGUAUGACACGAGGAAGGCUGGAUUUGUAGACAUCGGGGAAGAGGAACAGAUGGAGGUGUGGUUAACGCCGCGAGAUCUGGUGCCACCAACUUCUGUCACUAUAUUUGGAAGGCGAGUGAUGGUGACGGGGUGCGACGACCAGACGAGACGGUUCCUGCUGGAAUACUACGGAGUGGAAAACGCGCCCAGUAUGAAGCAGAUUGAAAUCACCAAGGUAGGGUCAGGGCAGAACUUCUGUAAAACAGAAACGCCAAUCAUCAUCUGUUGCCUAGCCCUGUAUCAUGCCGACGAGCGCGGGUCCAGCGGCAGGACGCAGUCGGACAUCGUGCCCCGGCCUCUGGUUCGCAGGGGCAUCCUGGACCCGCGUGACGCCACGGUCCUGCGCUUUUCGGCUCAGCUGGAUACGCCGGACAAUAAAGACGGAGAUCGAAACUUCAUCAUGAUUUACCACGUUGCGGAUGCUACUGUAGAAAUUAAAGAACUGGAUCUCACAGAAACAGGUCUGCUGGUUCCAGGCACCAAUUACAUCAGUGGCGUAAGCAGUGUAUCCGUGGAGACUGACCAUUUCCUCCUUGGCAGUCAUUUUUCCCGUCGUUUAUUUUGGCCAACUUCAGUAACUGCCCCGAGGCGUCUCCACUGA